AGAUUAUUAUUAGAACAAGGGUGACCCAGUCUGGUCCAGCUUCUGUCUCUCAGACCUGAGCUCGACGAAUUAGUCUUAGUCAGACUAAGCCGCUUGGUCCUGGGCUGUGUUCCCGCUUGCUUUGCUUGCUUGCUGGGCUUGCUGGGGGCAUAAACGUCUGCUGCCUGCCCUGCCUGGGCCACUGCCGGGAGCUUCGCGGCAUCUUGCACUUCUCUCACGGCAACCUUAAUUCAUCCCGAACCAUUGUGGUGGAAACGAUCCCGUCUCCCAUAACGACUUUCCCCUCCCGUCUAUCUGCUUCGCAAGCUUUAGUUUACCUGCCAAUUGAGACCAUCCGCUUAGCACUACUAGACAAGACGGCUGUCCGUCCAGCUGCCGUCUUGAUCUGCAAAUCAUGACCACAUCGCCGGGCUUUGAAAACGCCGCCUCCCCAAAUGCUGCUGCUUCUUCUUCGUCCAUGUCUAUGUCGCCUACCGUGUCCGGCACCCCAGUCAAUAGUACCGUGCCACCGCCGCCGCCUGUGAAGCGCCGUGCGCCAAUUGCCUGCCGAAGAUGCCGCCGCCUGCGUAGCAAGUGUUUGCACGAGAAGCAACCGCCUUGUAAAGCCUGCAAAGAAGCUGGCGUACCAGAAGAAUGUUCGUUCCCGAGCCGAGGAGACUUGGAUCAGGAUCGCGCAUUUCGUCACCCUCGGCAGCGCGCCGACAGGAAACACAAGCUCGACCUCAUCAAGGUCAAGAGAGAGCCCACUACGACGCCGAGCUUAGGUCUUGAUGCAUUAUCUAACUUUCGACCGCCCAAGCUGGCGAAUGAAUGGGAUCUUUUACCGGAGAUGGAAGUUAUAGUCGACGGUAUCCAUACAUUCAUUCGUCAUUUCUACCAGAUUGGUUUUAUCCCAAAGAAAAUGUUCAUUGCUGGCCUAAGAGAAAACACCGAGUCUGUGAGCGUUUUCCUACUGCUUAGCAUUCUCUGUAUCAGUGCUAGGUUCAACAAAAAUUUAAUCGAAACGUAUGGCGAUGGGCUCAAAGCUGCCGACGAAUUCAUGCAAAAGGCCCAGCGACUUGCCAUCAAUGAAAUCUAUCUAGAGCCUACGUUGGAAAGGUGCCAAGCGUUCUAUCUACUUAGCAUUGCUGAGCAAGGGUCAGGCAAAUCUAACACAAGCUAUAUAAGCGCCGGUAUAGCAUUCAGAAUGGCCGCCCUCAUGAGACUGCAUCGUGAAGAAGCCUACAGUCCGAUUACCAACAAAUCCCAUGUUGUACAGAGGAUACGAGCAGAAGCGGCAAGGCGCACAUUUUGGAUGCUACAUAGUCAGGAUAACUUGCAUUCCGGGCCAUAUAAACCCGUAUCCCUGGGGCCCAGCGAUAUUACUGCUUUGCUGCCCUGUGACGAAGCGGACUUUGAGGCCGGUAGAAUACCAGAGAAACGGGCUGCUCUCGAGGGCACACCGCCAGCUAUCGCCGAUCCCAGUCUAGUAUCACUCCGGCCACGGCCCCUACUUGCAUCCCUUAUGCAAGUGCACAAUUUCUGGGGUAUAAUAGCACGUCGAAUUCUCCACAAUGAAAAAGAUUGGCGGCCACAAGAUGAGGACAGCGAAUUUGCGAAGCUGAAUCGCCGGCUGAGGGAUUGGGAAAGAGACCUGCCUCCGGAGCAUGCGUUUGGGAGAAUACUACUGGGUGGCUACAGACACUAUGAGGAAGAUCUAGCUUAUCUCAGCCUUACGGGUUGUCUGCGUCUCUGUCACAUCGUCCUGCGCAAGGUAUAUAUGAGCGAGAUGAUUCGUCACGCACAAGGAGACCCGUCCAACCCAGAGGUUAAGUUUUAUCAAAACAUGUCUAAUGACUUGUUCUGCAAUGUCCGGGUCUUGUACGAGCAAGUUGAUGCGCAUUUCGAGGACGGUACACCUAUUGAAAGUUUGGGUUCACAAAUGGCCGCUUUCAUCAUAUAUAGUUGUGGUCUACUGGCCUCUUACCUUGUCAAGUUCCCGCAGUUGGAUGUACAACACGUAGGAAAUGAUCUUCCAGCAGCACAAGCUGAAGGCCGUAUGAUUUAUGCACGGAGUCUUAGCAUACUGAGGGCAUAUUCACACACAUGGCCUCUCGCAACUGCCUGGGCCAAUGGCUUGGAGAAGUGGUUCAAAGAUCAAAACCCUAAGAAGAUCUCAUUUCAAUCUGGUACUAUGACAGAUGGCAUCGAAGAGCCUCAACCAUACGCCCUUGGCGCUAUGCACCCACGCUUGAACGCCCCGGGCAUCCGCGGCACACCCUCAAUCAAAAAGUUUCACACAACACGUUCCACAACGCCGACAGGAGCAGAUCACCGGCAUACGUCAGGCGAUAUGGGGCCUGCAAGUGAACCUCCGCGCCUCGCACCUUUACAGCAAGCACCAAGUGCCUACGGAGAACCCGUGUGUCUGCCGCCUCUCUCACAAACACAAUACGUCACGUCAUCACCACAACCCAACACGCCACAGCCCAUCAUUCCAUCAUCAUAUGCUCCUCCACCUCCGCCUCACGUCGCCCUCGCACAAGCACAUCAUUCUCAACCCCAGCAGCCACCACCGCCGCCGCCACCGCCGCAGCCACAGCAACAUCCGGCGAGCCACCCGCAUACCCAUAUACACCCACAGUCGCAAUCGUCAUCCCAGCCACCACCGCAGCAGACCUACGCAGCGCAGCCAUAUGCGCAGAACACUGGUCUCGACAUGCUUAUUCAAGCAUCAGCAUCUACGCACCCACCAGCCGCACCGCCCAUGGACGCAUAUGCAGCCGCGUACUAUGAUUACAACAACAUAGCGCUCAAUGACGGUUUCGACUCGAAUCUCCAGAUCAUGGUUGACGGCGGUGCACGCUGGACGGCCAUCGACGCGACGACCGCCAUCUAUAGCCCAUACGGGCCCAUUGGAACAGGGCCUUGAACCAAAACCGGCACCUGUCAUGUAUUCACUGUAUUACGAGGAAUCAGCCAGCUUAUAUACCAAACAUGUUUUCCACAUCUUUUCAGCGAAGCGCUCUUGUUUACCAUCUCUGAACACACUGCGAGCACGUUUUCCACACUGCAUGACCCUUUUUUUACCCUAUUGCACUUAUAUAUAAUCGUGUAUAUACACCUACCCUAUGGGAACUCACAAUCCACGAGAUACGAUACAAUCUAACCCCAGAGGAAACUUUUUCAAAUAUUUACCAAGCUAUCAAUGUAACUACGGUGAUUCUCGGUUCGACAUAUCCUAGACUUGGUACUGGGCUUUAUUCAUUUCUAAGCGGGGAAGGGGAGGACAUACCUUAGUCAGUAUACGGUGUUGUGGGUGAGGAUUUGGAUUUGGAUUUGGAUUUGAAGUAAAUGGAAGGAAGGAAGCAGGUUACGAAAAGAGCGUUCGAGCGUACUUCUAUCUAUCUUCAUUUACGUACGUGCGUACUUAUUUACUUGUGUAUGUAUAUAAUGUAUGUGUCUAUGUAUAUACCUACCUAUCUAUCUAUACACGAGUGUGUUAUUCCGUUGUUGCAGAUAUGACUACUUAAAAGAAAGAGAAAAACUCUGCCUUGUUAGAUUAAUGUAAUUGCGGAACACCUAUUACCUAACCUUGAAUAUCCU